CACACACACACACACACACACACACCCACACACACACACACACACACGGAUGCCUCGGAAGGUAAAAACGGGCUCCACCGCCGGCGCCACGGGCAACGCUUCAUCUCACGGAUGGGAAUAAAAAGGACACCGAGCUCUGAGCUGAUGGAUGAGGAUGACAGGAAUCUUUAGCCCCCCUCCACCUGACUGUGAAAGGAAGAGAAAAAAAAGAAAUCCUGGUUUUGAUGGAUUUUUUUCUUCUUCUUCAUCAUUUCUGGUGUAGCCCCAAGGAAAGCAGCCUAAGACAGCAAUGUUGAAUCACUGGUGUUGGUAAAUUAUUCAUCAGAGGUAGAAUAGGCUGUGAUUUUAUAUUGCUUUAAUGUAGCAUUCCCUAUUAAGUCAUAAUGUUUUGUGUUUUAAUCUCACGUUUUCAGCUUCAUCAUUUGAUGUUUUUAGGCCCAUUUAAUAGCCUUUAAUAGAAGACACCUCCAAAGCGGGGGGAUCUUAGCGCAGGGGGGGACAGAUCUGGAUAUUGAGGUGUGUCAAGCUGUGUGGGAUUUUUCUUUCCUUUUUUUUUUUUUUGUAAUAUUAUUUAUCUCAUAUAAGAGUAAAGAACAGAAGUGUGAAAUAUAGUAAGAAUAAAUUCACUCAAAUAGACUAAACAUGUUGCCUUCCCAAGAAGCCUCCAAGAUCUACCAUGACAAUUACAUGCGCAACUCCCGAGCCAUCGGGGUGCUGUGGGCCAUCUUCACCAUCUGCUUCGCCAUCGUCAACGUGGUGGUCUUCAUCCAGCCCUACUGGAUCGGCGACAGCGUCAAGACGACGCAGACCGGCUACUUCGGCCUCUUCCACUACUGCGUGAGCAAGGAGCCCGGGGCCGGCAGCCGGGAGCUGUACUGCGCCGGCAGCUUCUCCGACUUCAGCUCCAUCCCGUCCGGAGCCUUCAAGGCGGCCUCGGUGUUCGUGCUGCUGUCCAUGGUGCUGAUCCUCAGCUGCAUCGCCUGCAUGGCGCUCUUCUUCUUCUGCAACACCUCCACCGUUUACAAGACCUGUGCCUGGAUGCAGCUGCUGUGCGGGAUUGAGGUUCGGGACAGAAGAGAGCCCCGUUACGGCGUGCAGCGUCUUCACUGAGGGCAGCAAUGGCACUGAAUAACUCCUGUCUUUCUUUUUCUCUUCUACUCUUUCUCUCCCCUUCUAUUCUUCUUCUUUCUUCUUCUCUAAUGAUCAGGAUAUCAACCAAUCUCAAUGCAGAAGUGUACAGGAUCUGUAAGAUUUUAAAAAAAUCAUGAGGAUAAAAAAACUAUAUUUUGAAAAAAACUGUACAAGUUUGUACAGUGCAUUUAACACUCCACUUUCUCAACAAAUACCUUUAUGAUAAAAAAAAAUUUACUGUAUUUAAAGUCUUGAUUUGUGUGAGAAGUCCAAUCCUUAUGAUGAAGAACCAUAACGCCCAUUUUUGAAUUCUUUCUUUAAAAGUGUUGCGAAUCAUUGACUUUCAGUUAGUGCCAUGUAGACGGCGGAUCAGUGGCGACUUCACAUGGUUUGACUCCAGACCUGCGACUGCAGAAAGUCAUCUUUACUCAUUCGUAACACUUCAACAGGGACUAGUAUGGCUCUUCAUCUAAGGACUUUUAAAUGUGAGGAAUUUAAAGGAGUACCCCAUUGCAGCUUUACAGAACUUAACAUCUCUGGGAGAUUCUCUACUGUACAUACAGAACAAUGUAAAUAGCAUUACUGCUGACUAAAACAGCUGAUGACGAAAUCUCAUCUGACUCCCAUGCAUUUGAGUAUAGUAUUUCUACCCUCGUUUUUUUGUGUUUCUUGUGUUGGAACCUGAGUACGUGCAGAUUCAUUGUGUUUCGACAACUCUUCACGACUGAUUUUGAGGGGUAGCAUUAUUUUAAAAAAUGAAAUAAAAUGAUUGUAGCUGGAUAAAAGCAGAGUAUGACAAAUCAGCACAAUUGUGAAACUACUCCUGCAUCAACACGACCUCAAAAGAAGCUGUACUCUCCAGUUUGUUUGCAGCUUUCAAAAACGGAAUUUUGAAAUCC